AUGCCAAUUCGUCAUCGUGCUCUUUUCGACCACGCACGCCCCACGCGCCCCCGCGCCCUACUGCGCUCACCCUCACCAGCGCCCUGCAUCCCAACCUUACUUCUGCCGCCGCGCCCUAACAUGUCACCACCACCGCCAGCGCCCGCGGCCGCGGCCGCCAUGACCGCGCCCGCGCCGCCUUGCAGCGCCCGCCUUCCGCGGCCAGCGCCAACGCCCGCCCAACCCGCGGCGCGCCCGCGGCCGCGGCCGCCUGCCCGCCGAUGCCGCGGCCGCGCCGCCCGCGUCGCGGCUUGUGCCCGCCGCCCGCCAACCGCGCCCGCCCGCGCCGCCAGCCGCGCCCGCCGGCCCCUUAGCAACCGCUUUGCCCGCCAGCAACCCGCCAGCCGCGCCCCGCCAGCCCAGCCCGCGGCAAAGCGCCCCGCCCGGCAACCGCGCUGCGCCCCGCAGCUGCGCUGCGCUAACGCCCGCGGCACGCGCACUGCGCUACUGCCGCCAGCUGCGCCUAACGCUAACGCCCGCCAACCGCGCUAA